AUGUCUACACCCCAACCGGCCCAGCCCACCGCUGCGCAACCAUCCGCCAACCCAUCUGCCGAUGACAACAAUACCGACGCUGCGAACCAACCUUCAUCACCAGCUGACGAUACUGCUGCUGCGUCGGCUACAUCAAACCCGGCUUCCGCACGGCCUUCCAACAAUAACUCUUCACCUACUCAGAACCAGCCAAGUCCAACCCCAUCUGAAGACGAGCAACCGUCAAGCGCUCCUGCAGAGGCAUCUGAUGAUGCCAGCCCUAGCAACACACCUCCACCCGCUGCGGAAACAUCAGCUGCGGAUCCAUCGCCUUCAUCCGACGAUCCUUCGCCAUCCACAAGUCCCAACAGAACUACUCAAGCCAACCCAACUACUGAAGCCGCAAACCCAGCUUCCACCGACGACAGCAACGACGAUCCUAGUUCAACUCAAGAAGAAGAAGCAUCUCAGAUUACUACUUCCGAGGUUCUGUCAACUGUCAUUACAGUGACAGGUAGCUCAGGACCUGAAACAAGCAUUGUUUUGGUUACCGCUAUCCGUACCCAAAGUGUCGCACCUUCAGAGGCUUCUGCGUCUGCCACCAGCACGGAUGAUGCUGAUGCGAUCGGCGGUAGCGGUAGCGGUAGCGGGAAUGGCGGUGAUGGUCUGAGUCAAAAGAGCAAGGUUGCUAUUGGUGUUGCUGUACCAAUUGCUGCCAUUAUUCUUCUUGCGCUCCUGGGUCUGUUUUGGUGGAAGAAGAGAAAGACUAGAAGACAAGCUGAAGAGGAGCGACGAAAGGAAGUCGAAGACUACGCUUAUAAUCCCAACGCUGACCCUACGAUCCCUGCUGUUGGUAUGGCAGACAGCGGUUACGAAAUGAGGGAAGAUGGAUCUUCAGGUUACCGUGGCUGGGGAAACACUACUAUCGGCUCAACUGGUCGCAAGGCCUCUACUACUUUGUCUGGUGGCAUUAAUGGCGCUUACUCCGACAUUACUUCACCAACUCGAGGAAACAUGUCGGAUGCCCGCUCCGGCGAGCCUCUUAUGGAUGGAUCACACUCUCCUGAGGGUGAGAUCCUUGGAGCCAUGGGUCCUUCUGCUGCUAACAACCGCGGUGCCGAUGUGCACCGCGGCCCUUCCAACGCUUCCUCUUCAUACAGUGCUGCUGGUCGAUCUGAUGCUUCAGACCCGAUUGGAGUUCCGUACGGGGCUGGCGGCGCAUACUAUGAUCAAUACAACCAGAAUCCUUACAGCGAUAACGGCGCUCAACAGGCGAUCAUUCGCGAUAACCCUGCACGCCGGAACACACGCAUCGAGAACCCUUCUCAUUACCCACAGCAGAGUGCGGGUAUCUCGCAAAACUUCUAA